AAUAUGGCUUUUGCUUCCUGGGUUGUCUGCGGCCUUUUAUGCGUCUUCAACCUUCAGCUAUCCAGCACUUAUCCUGUUAGCACUAGCUUGACCUCCAGUGACAUGGACAUAUUAAGGGUUCUCCUUAACAGAUUUGAGGAGUUGCUUCCAGAGCAAAGGUCAGUCAACCCUGUUGAUGACACAAACACAGAAGCUGAUGCCCAGCAGGUAGAGGACCCCUUGGACGAAGCUUCAAUCAGGGAGUUCCUGUCAGCCAAAAACCUGAAGAGCGUCCGUAGCGACUCCACCAGGAGAGCUUCUGCUUGCUUUGGUCGCCGUAUAGACCGAAUUGGUUCCAUGAGCUCCCUAGGCUGCAACAGUGUUAACAAUCGCAGUAAGUAG